AUGAUCCAAGAAACAAAGAAUAAUUUGGAAAGAGUCCACAGUUUUCAAAAUUGGAGUAAAUUAGCAUCACUUACCUUAAGUCGCAUAAUUCUUUUCAAUAAAAGUUCAGGAGAAGCUGCAAGGAUGAAAAUUGAACACUACACGAAAAGACCAUUAUGGCAAAGUCAAGGUGUAGCAGAAAUUACAGAAUCUUUGACGGAGUUUGGAAUCAAGUUAGUAAAUGCUCUGACAGUAGUAGAAAUAAUAGGAAAGCGAGGAAAGAAAGUACCAGUCUUGUUCACUAAAGAAAUGAAGGAAUCUGUUGAUUUUCUACUAGCAACUCGCAUAGCAGUGGGAGUACCCAAAGGGAAUCCUUCCGUGUUUGCACGACUAGGUGAUUUGAAUUCCUAUAUGAAAGGCCACGAUUGUAUUAAAAAAUGGUGUUCUGAAGCUAACUUGGAGUCGCCAGACACAAUAACAAGUACGAAAUCACGAAAGUACGUAGCUACAGUUUGCCAAGUCCUCAAUCCUAAAGAAAACGAGUGUGAUUGGCUUGCGCGACAUCUGGGCCACGAUAUAAGAGUCCAUCGUGAAUUUUAUCGCCUCCAUGAGAAUACAGUUGAGCUAACCAAAGUUAGCAGGUUGCUUUUAGCUGUGGACCAGAGUAAAGCACAUACAUUUGCUGGAGAAUCUUUGAAGGAUAUUGAAGUACAAGAAGAUGACUCUCCUGAUCAAAAUGAUGACGAACCUAGCGAUGGAGAAGAUGGAGAAACUCUAGGGGACAGUGCUGAUGUUCCAGGUUGCAGUACUGCGAACGAAGAGGGUGAAUUAACAUCUGAACCAAUCAUUGGAAAAAAGAAACAAAAAUCUAGUACCAGUGAUGAUUCUGAGGCAGAAAGCUUGGAGAUGUCUGAGAGUUCAUCUGAAAACGAAACUAGUGAAAACCCCGAGAGCACUGACGAGAACGAUAUUUCAUUUACCGACAUGCUCACUACGCCAGAAUUGGCUCACAAAUAUGAUACUCGACGUAGAAAUCUCGCAAUUAACAGUAGAGCACAAGUUGUUACAAAAGACCUUUUUAAAGAAUCUACAGUCGGGGGCAAGACUUUGGAGCCAGUAGCCAAAACGUCAAAGAAAAAUCCACCAAAGAUUCCAAAGGGAAAGAUGGAAGAGAAAAAAUCGGAAAGUUGGUACUGCAAAGGAUGCCAAGAAGACCGAGUCGCGGAUAUGCGCUUGUGUGUUAUAUGCAAAUGUUAUUUGCACGAUGAAUGCCUGGGGUUGACCAAAGAAGACAAGAUAGAAGGAUACAUUUGCCCUUACUGUUCUUAA